CCCGGGCCAGCCCAUCCACCAGCGACCCUCUGCCGAGCAGCUGCAGAGCAUGAGAAGGAAAAGUGCAUAACUGAUACUCCUAAUGGCAUGUGUAUAUAACAGUCAGCAAAGUCCUCGUCCUCAAAAUACUGAAGCCUCUGAUUAUAGGCAGGACUUGUGGCAAAUCAAGUGCCCACUGAAGUCAGUCAGACCUGAGUUUUAAUCCUUGCUCAGCCACUUACCAGCAAGGAGACUGGGAUCUUGUGGAGGCCAUCUGGAUUCUUAAGAAGACUUCUGAAAGUGGAAAGCUAUAGAAUAACUGAAUCGGAAUCACUGAUUCCACUAGCUUGGACAUCACUGAUACAGAAACUUAGCAAAGCACCUGGUAUUUUCUUGUUGGAUCAAAGAAAAAGAUUCUCAACCAUGCCCAAAAUAGAAACAAGUCAGAGCCACUGUGAAUUGUUUUCACCACCCUCUGAUGUUCGAGGAAUGACAAAACUUGAUAGAACAGCUUUUAAAAAGACAGUCACCAUCCCAGUGCUUAAAGUGAGAAAAGAAGUUGUCAGUAAAUUAAUGCGAUCCCUUAAAAGGGUAGCACUGCAGCGCCCAGGCAUAAAACGUGUGAUUGAAGAUCCAGAAGAUGAAGAAAGUAGACUAAUUAUGUUGGAUCCCUAUACGAUGUUUACCGAUGAUUCCUUUGAGAAAACAGAACUCGGUAUUUUAAAGCAGCUUAAUGUUAGUCCACAGAUAUCUAAAUAUAGUUUGGAACUAACUUAUGAAAACUUUAAGUCAGAAGAAAUUUUGAGAGCUGUGCUUCCUGAAGGUCAAGAUGUGACUUCAGGGUUUAGCAGAGUUGGACAUAUUGCCCACCUGAACCUUCGAGAUCAUCAACUACCUUUCAAGCAUUUAAUUGGUCAAGUUAUGAUUGACAAAAACCCAGGAAUCACCUCAGCAGUUAAUAAAAUCAAUAAUAUUGAUAAUACAUACCGAAAUUUCCAAAUGGAAUUAUUAUCUGGAGAGGAGAACAUGAUGACCAAGGUUCGAGAAAACAACUAUACCUAUGAAUUUGAUUUCUCAAAAGUCUAUUGGAAUCCUCGUCUCUCUACAGAACACAGCCGUAUCACAGAACUUCACAAACCUGGGGAUUUCCUAUUUGAUGUUUUUGCUGGGGUUGGACCUUUUGCCAUUCCAAUAGCAAAGAAAAACUGCACUGUAUUUGCCAACGAUCUCAAUCCUGAAUCCCAUAAAUGGCUACUGCACAACUGUAAAUUAAAUAAAGUGGACCAGAAGGUAAAAGUCUUUAACUUGGAUGGGAAAGACUUCCUCCAAGGACCAGUCAGAGAAGAGUUAGUGCAGCAGCUGGGACCACUGUCAAAAGAAAGAACACAUUCUGUGCACAUUGUCAUGAACUUGCCAGCAAAGGCUAUCGAGUUUCUCAGUGCUUUCAAAUCGCUUUUAGAUGGGCAGCCAUGCAGCAGUGAGCUCCUUCCCAUAGUCCAUUGUUACAGCUUUUCCAAAGAUGCCAAUCCUGCUAAGGAUGUUCAGCAGCGAGCUGAAGCUGUGUUAGGCACUUCCUUGGAUGCAUGCAGUUCAGUACACCUAGUAAGAAACGUGGCCCCUAACAAGGAAAUGUUGUGCAUCACCUUUCGGAUUCCUGCUGCUAUCCUCUACAAGAACCAGACCUUAAAUCUAGAGAAGCAUGAAGAACCACCUCUUAAACGCCAGAAGACAACUAAAUCCUUUUCAAAAGAAAAAACAUAAAUUGUUUAAAUCAUGUAACUGAAAAUGUUUUCUCUGUCUCCCCACUAGAUCAUUAUGUAGUGAAAUAUAAUUUGUAUGAUUUCAUAAAAUCUUAACAUUCAGUUACUUUAGUAUUGAACUGUUAUAUUUUACCUUUGCUGUCUUAUAAAUUAAGGAUUGUCAAAUUAAAAUUUAAAUGAAAUAAGUCUAAACAUAUUUUACUUAAGUUAUAAUAUAUACUUUUAUAAUCUAAAUUAUAUCUUAAAAUUAUAUCUUAAUUUUUUUAUUAAAUACAUUUAAAUAUGUCUAUCUCUUGGGAAAAUAGUUUUUGAAGGUAGGGUAAUUGCUGGCUAACUAGGAAAGCACUAGUAUCAUUUUAUGGUUAUCCUUAAUUGAAGAACGUAACUUAAGUUUUGUAUAAGCACUCCUAUACUGUAACUAUAAAAGUAAUAAAAAUGAGAUUAUUUAGAUCAGGGAUAGGCAAACCAUCCCCAGUAGGCCAAGUCUGGCCUACCACCUGUUUUUGUAUGGCAAGUGACUUGAGAAUGGUCUUACAUUUUUAAAUGGUUGAUAAUCAAAAGAAUAAC